AUGAAGGGAAACGCUGCUAUUAGAUGGAUUUGCUGUGUACGGCAAAUGAACAAGCAUCAGAUGUACUUCCAAUUUAUAAACAGCAUGUCUGUCGUUUUCACUGCCUUGAUGAUUUGGAAGGCCCUUAUUGUUGUCACGGAAUCUUCAUUUCUGGUUGUUAGUGUUCUAAGUGGAAGUAUGGAGCCAACGUUUUACAGAGGAGAACUACUGUUAAUCACCAACUAUCCAGACGAACCAAUCAGAGCUGGAGACAUGCCUGUAUUUGAGAUUAAAGGCAGACCCUAUCCACUUAUCCAAGUCAUAAAAGUCUAUGAAGACAAAAAUGGAGAAGUCCAGUUCCUCACAAAAGGAGACAAUAACGAAGUGGAUGACCGUGGAUUGUACAAUGAGGACCAGCUCUAGGUUACCAGGAAAUAUGUAUUGGGAAAGGUGAAAGGGGUUUCGCCUUAUGUAGGAAUGGUGUCCAUUGUGGUGGAGAGCUACCUCCUGAUUAAGAGUGUCCACUUACAUACCCUCAGCAACUCCUCACCACAGCUCAGGAGAACUGAAGAUACUACCUCAAAGCUAAUUGCCUCUUUACAGUUUGGAAUACUGGCCUUUGGAGAACAAAGGGCAGCCCUGCAGAUGUACUCUUAA